AGGAUAACAUCACAGCCUGCAGCUGUUUUUUCUUGGAGGGAUCUGACCUCUUUGACUAUGCAUCUUUUCCAGCGUGAACAAGUUUAUUAUCCAGGACCUCUCAUCAGUAGAAAGACCUGAGAGGCACAAACUGGAAGAGGGCUUUCUGUGAGCACCCUGCGGCCCAAAACUGGCUGAUACUUGAUGCUGAGCUCCCAACAUUUGAGGCCUGGCCUGGGCAUCCAGAGAGACCUUCGAUACAGCCCUAGGCAUUCUGGGUAGGAAUGGUUCCCUUCCUGCUGAAACCAGCAUCCCUCGGGCAUCUUGGUACCACUCACUGGCUCCUUCAGCACAUCCUGGACUUUUCCGGCAGUUUUAUCAGCUUCUUUUUCCACCCAUGCCUCGUAGAUGUGGAGUUUCAGCGGCAGAGGAAGUAGGACCUCCUGCUUCUCUCAGGCCUGUCCCUCCGGAUCCCCACAGGACGGCGUGGAAGACUACCAGGCCAAGACGCCAAGUCUAUACAGGGACUGUUACCAUGUCUGCCUCCUGAGAUGCCCGGCCGUGGGGCAAAAUGGAAGCUGCCAAUGCCAAAUCCUUCUUCUGGGAGACUUUCCCCCCGCUGCCCACUUGUUGCGUGUACUGCAGCCCAGCCUAUCAGGACGGGCACCUCUUUGUGGUGGGGGGCUGCAGUCAGCAGGCAUUUCCCCUGGACACUGUGGAAAUGUUGGAUAUCGUUUCCCAGAAGUGGCUUUCACUGCCGCCUAUGCCUACACCUCGGGCAGGGGCAGCCACAGCAAUGCUGGGCAAGCAACUGAUGGUGAUUGGAGGGGUGGACUCUACACAGAGCCCUCUGGCGUCAGUUGAAGUCUACAACGUGGACGAAGGCAAGUGGGAGAAGAAAGCGGACCUUGCACAGGCUUCCAUGGGCAUCUCUGCAGUUGAGAAAGAUGGUACAGUUUAUGCCUUAGGUGGGAUGGGCUCAGAUACAUCUCCUCAAGCGCUGGUGCGGCUGUACGAGCCGACAAAGGAUCACUGGCUGUCCCUGCCCUCUAUGCCCACGCCCUGCUACGGGGCCUCCACUUUCUUGCAUGGAAACAAGAUCUACGUGAUGGGAGGAAGGCAGGGGAAGCUGCCCAUCACGGCCUUGGAAGCCCUGGAUCUGGAAGUGAGGAGCUGGACGCGCUACCCCAGUGUGCCCAGCCGGCGUGCCUUUGCCAGCUGUGCCAUGGUUGGCGGCUGCUUCUUCAGCCUGGGAGGACUGCAGCAGCCCGGCCCCCAUAACUUCUAUUCCCGGCCCCACUUUGUCAACACUGUGGAAGUGUUUGACUUGGAGGAAGGGUCCUGGAGUCGGCUGAGCCGGGCCACCCGCAUGAGGGACAAGAGGGCUGACUUUGUAGCUUGCGGCCUAGGUGGACGUGUGGUGGUUGCUGGUGGUCUCGGGAACCAGUCGAGUCCUCUGUGCUCCGUGGAAAGUUUUAACUUGACAAAGAAGAAAUGGGAACCGCUGCCCUCCAUGCCCACUGGCCGCUGUUCCUGCUCGAGCUUGCAGGCUGCCAACUUGCUCUUUGUGAUCGGAGGGGUGGCUCAAGGCCCCAGCAGCACAGUAGAGGCCCUGUGCCUCCGGGAUGGGGUCUGAACAAACAGCCCUGGUGGAAGGGCUCCUCCUGCCAAG